CACAGCGGACUAUACAAUUAAUUCACCAGCUGCAGCAAGUGUAUAUAACACUAGCGACAUACUUCCAGUAUCAUGGACUACCACCUCAAAUUCAGAUAAAACUGUUAAUGUAACUUUAGCACAUGGAGAAGCCCAGAAUUUACAACCAGAUGUGGUCAUGUGCAUGAAUAUUGCCCCAAAUGUCGGGCAAUGUAAUUAUACCAUCGGUAAUCUUACUUCGAGACGUGAUUAUGCUGUGAUUGUCGGAAACGUAAACAACCCAGGACAUGAAGGAAUUUCAAGUUAUUUCACCAUAAAUUCUACUGGACCCCUUCCACCACCAUCGGGAUGUCCAAAAUUUGUUAUAAUUGCACUCAAACAUUACCAUGUUGUAGCGCUAGUGGUUUCUGCGGAAGUACACCUGAUUACUGCGGAACUGGCUGCGAUCCAACACAUAGUUUCAAUAAUAAGUGCUCCAGUCAAUAACACUUGUGGUGGUGUUACAUAUACUGCCGAUUAUCCUUGUUGUAGUCCAUUUAAAUUUUGUGGAGAUUCAGAAGAUUAUUAUGGAGAAGGUUGUGAUCCAGCAAGCAGCUUCAACGAAGAAUGUGUAAAUCUAAUAAAUCCACAAAUUAGUCAAUAA